UAUCCAGUUUAGCUCCCUUUCGUCCAUUCUGUUAAUUUAAUAAUGAAAAAGAGAAAAAAAGACUCAGCCUCGCUCGUUUCUUUCUUCCCACCUGAACAUUCGUUUCCCUGUUUCUUCUCUGCGACACUUGCUAAAUUUCCAAAUUUACCCUCCAAGUUCUCUCAAAACCCCAUCCUCUCCCUCCGUUUUUGUCUUCUCAGAUUCCAUCGCCAGUCAAAGAUCCUCUUCACUUUGAUCAACAACCAAGACAACAACAAUUUCCCUCAUGCGAUGCGUAAAUAGCAAGAAAGAAGAAAAAGAGAGGAGGAGGAAGAAGAAGUAGUAGAUUUCAUUGUGGAUGGAUUUGACGGAAGGAGUCGGAGAGAGCUCGUCGCCGCCGAGAAGCUUCGGUAGCUUCAACAGCUACGAUGUCAGAAACGACGUUUUCAAUCGCUUAGUUGAAACCGGCCACGAAGAAGCCAUUUCUAAUCCUGACUUUCGUGACCACUUAGAUUCUCACUUCAAUCGCUUGCCUGCUAGUUAUGGGCUUGAUGUUAAUAUGGAGAGAGUGGAAGAUGUUUUGUUGCAUCAGAAACUACUUGCAUCAGCGAAGGAUCCGGAGAAGCGGCCGGUUUAUCAUAUCCGCUUCUUAGAGAACCUUUGCACCAAACCUGAUGCAAAUGAUGAUCAACAAUUUAUAAAUUCUUUUUCUGCCCAAAGGCCUUCUGAUGAUGAACAUGGUGAAAACGUUGUGCCUUCGCAUAAAAGAAGCAGGGAUCAUGCAGUUGACUUUGAACCUUGCUCUAAGCUUGAGGACCUAAAUUUGGAUGUCAGAAAGAAUUCCAAGUGUGUAGAGGAUAGAUAUCUUACGGAGAACUUCUCCAAAAGGCAAGAUAUUGUACAUAUUCCAAUUCAUGAAGUUAUAUUUUCUACCACUGACAGGCCAAAGCUGCUUAGUCAGCUUUCUGCAUUGCUUUCAGAUAUAGGACUUAACAUUCGUGAAGCACAUGUGUUCUCAACAACUGAUGGCUACUCUUUGGAUGUGUUUGUGGUUGAUGGAUGGCCUGUUGAGGAUACAGAUGGUUUAUAUAAAGCUAUGGAAAAAGCAGUUGCUAGAAACAAGGGGUCACUGUCUGGAUCUUUGCAUUCUCAGUCAGCUGUAGAUGAUGCAUCUGCAGCACAAGAAAAAUCUGGAGAUUGGGAGAUAGAUAGAAGACUUUUGAAGAUAGGAGAAAGAAUUGCAUCUGGAUCUUGUGGAGAUCUGUAUCGUGGUAUCUACCUUGGCCAAGAUGUUGCUGUCAAGAUUCUUAGAUCUGAGCAUUUGAAUGAUGCUCUGGAAGAUGAGUUUGCUCAAGAAGUGGCAAUUCUCCGAGAGGUCCAGCAUAAAAAUGUUGUUCGUUUUAUUGGUGCAUGUACAAAAUCUCCAAACUUGUGCAUAGUGACAGAAUAUAUGCCUGGGGGAAGCCUAUAUGAUUAUUUGCAUAAGAAUCAUAAUGUCUUGAAGCUCUCUCAGCUGCUGAAAUUUGCUAUUGAUGUCUGCAAAGGGAUGGAGUAUUUGCAUCAAAACCACAUAAUCCAUCGGGACCUGAAGACAGCAAAUUUGCUAAUGGAUACGGACAAUGCUGUUAAGGUGGCAGAUUUUGGUGUUGCUCGGUUCCAGAACCAAGGAGGAGUAAUGACAGCUGAGACUGGGACAUAUAGAUGGAUGGCACCUGAGGUCAUAAACCAUCAGCCAUAUGAUCAGAAAGUGGAUGUAUUCAGUUUUGCUAUUGUACUGUGGGAGCUAGUGACAGCCAAGGUUCCGUAUGAUACCAUGACUCCGUUGCAAGCUGCCUUGGGAGUGAGACAGGGCUUGCGGCCAGAUCUUCCUGAGACUGCACAUCCAAAACUCUUAGACAUGAUGCAGAGAUGCUGGGAAGCGGCUCCAGACAAGCGACCUUCCUUCUGUGAGAUAACAGCUGAGCUUGAGACACUUUUUGAAGAAGUUAAGGAAACAGCGGAAGCAGUGAAUGGCAAUUGAAGAUUUUGGUAUCUACGUAGCCUGAUUGACACAUUUGAAGAUUUCUUUUUGUCAGAUAGUUAUAGAGGUCUUAUAUUCUAUAAUUUGAGGGAAAGUGAAUUUCACUAAGGCUAUGCUAUACUAUACGAAAGGCACAAAGAAAAUGCUGAUUUGUAAUUUUGUUUUUGUUUGUCCAUUUUUUCUUCUAAUGACGGUGUUAAGUCUCGUACUUGAAGAUGGUGUAAAAAGAAAAUGCUUCCAAGCAAUAUGAUACCAAAUUUCCAAGAUAA